AUGGUAACGCAGCUGUUCGGAGAGAUCGCUGCCUUUGUAUUCACGGGGAUAUACUAUCGGUGGUCGAGUGAUCGUCCGGCACUGAACAAAAUACUGGCGUGGGCACUUUUAGGGUAUGUAGCCAUCACGGCGUAUGUGGUGCUGGGCAUUGCAGGGGUCACGAAUCAAACCGACGACGAGACAGGCAAAGCAUUAGGGUAUGCCGGUAUUGUGAUCAAUCUUUGGAUGUACGGGUCACCACUGGGCACGGUUCGGCACGUAGUCAAGACCCGGUCGGCUGCUUCGUUACCGAUCAACUUGAGCGUCAUGAUGUUCUUCACCACCGUCUUGUGGGUCGCCAUCUCCAUCGUGGAUGGCGACAUGCUCAUCAUGUCGUUGAAUAUUGCGGGUGUCGUGCUGAGUAUCAUCCAAAUCUCGCUCUAUAUUCGUUUCCGACCAGAGCAGCCUGCGAUAGCUCAAGAGGAAGGGUUCGAGUUCGUCGACAAGCAGAUUUCCAUUGUGAUCUCCCCGAAGGAAGGCAUACUGCAAACGGCUAAGAACCCGGUCUACCAGGCGUUGGCGUCGCCAAUAGAGGCGACUCGAUCCUGA